GUCAUAUGUUGUAUACUAGAUAGGUAUAUGUAUUUGCGGCUUAACUAUUCACUGAGCCUGACAACGGCAGAGAAGCGAGCUCUGUCGCUACCCCUCCAUACGCCUUCACAGGCCGCUUUCUCAUUGUAUAUUCAUUACAAGAGCAAACUUAGUAAAAGGCGCCUUGCUGCUGGCUGUCCCGACCCUUGCUCCCCCGCGGCUGCCCGCGCGGAGGCCUAGCACUCCCGCUGUUGCUAAGGAAAUCGUUAGCAGUCCUAGAGACAAAGCGUUAAGACGACCACCCGUGUAGUCCUGGUGUAAGGUUGCUGGCAGGCUAAUUCAAACCAGUUUGAGCGGUUGCUCGGCGCCAUGGAGCAGCAGGAACCGCUGCAAAAGCGCGCGCGCAUAGCCCCAACAGAAUUGCAACCUCAGGCUGCCUCGCCGGCGUGCGCGGCGCAGGCGCAAGGAAGCGCGGUCUCCUCCGCCACCGGCACCACUGUCGCUCCUGCAGCGGCGGCCGUGGGCCUCGUCAAGCCCGCCGCGGCGCCCCCGGCAGCUUCCUCCACCUCUCCUCCCAGCGCCGGCACCACCAGCACCUCCAAGGCUGCUCCCGCAGCUAACGUGCCCGCGGCGCCCGGGGCGCCGGCGCCCAAGCCCGGAGCGGCCAAUGCCAAGCCCCCCAGCUUCAUCGCCGACGCGCGCGAGGCAGUGCAGUUCCGCGCCGUCACCUGCCGCGACGCCACAGCGCUGCAGGCAGAGAUCGCCGCCGGCGGCGCGCCCGUGCACGUGGACUUCCUGCACCAGCACUUUGGCGACUCGGAACAGAUCCGCGGCUACUCCAACCUAAAAAUCACGAUCUGGCUCCACGUUCAAACCUACCACGCCUGGAUUGACGUGUCCUUCGCCACCAAGCGGCCGGGCGCGGACAAGCUCAGUGACAUCUGGGAGGGCGCCUUCCCGGAGGGCUACUUCAGCAGCAAGGAGGAGUUUGUGGAGCAGGUGGAGCGCACCGCCGCCUCGCUGCCCGACCUUUUGACGCUGGGCGAGUGUGUGGGCACGGUGCCGGUGCGGCCCAGCAGCGCCGCCGGGCUGUACGGCCUCAGCGCCGCGCCAGCGCCCAGUGCGGGUGCGGGUGCGAGCGUAGGGGCUACGGACGGAGCGUCAGCCACGCAGGCGGGGUCGCAGCAGCCGCUGGAGGUGUCGGUGCGGCGGUUCCAGCUGCUCACGGCGCCGCCGGAGGUCAAGGCCCUGCACGCCCGUCUGGAGCCGCUGUUGCUGUUCACCAUCGACGGCGCCAACUUCAUCGACGGCGACGACCCGCAGUGGGAGCUGCUGCUGCCAGUGGUGCGCGCGCCGGACGGCGGCUGCCUGGUGCUGGGCCUGACCACGCUGUUCAACUUCUGGGCCUACCCGGCCUCCUGCCGGCUGCGCGUCAGCCAGGUACUGGUGCUCAGCCCCUGGCAGGGCCUGGGUCUGGGCAAGGCGCUGCUGAAGCUGUCGUACGACCUGGCCAUAGCCCGUGGCUGCGCCGACCUCACGGUGGAGGACCCCACGCCCAACCUGCAGCGGGUGCGUGAGAAGCUAGAGGUGGAGAUGCUGCGGCGACUGGACUGGGUGACGGCACAGGCCAACAAGUGCCUGGACGCGGCGGCGCGGGGUGAGACCACGUGGCCGGCCGGGUCGGAGCCGUCGGAGCAGCAGCAGCAGCAGCCGGCGUCAGCUGGGGCCCCAGAGGCCGCGGCGGCGCCAGGGCAGCCGGCCUCCGAGGGGCCCCAGCAGCAGCCGGAGGCUCAGCAGCAGCACGCGGGCGCGCAGCAGCCCUCGCUACUGUCGACACACGCCUUCUUCGGUGCGCUGGGUGUGGAGCCGCCAGAGCGCUCCUCGGUGCCGAGCUCGGUGCUGGCGGAGGCGACUGCCUUCGCUGAGGCGCGCUGGCGUCAGCGGCUCCAAGAUGCCGAGACCGAGGCCGCUGCUGCUGCCACGGCGAUGGCUGUUGACGCAGGCGCGGCGCCUGAUGGUGUUGGUGCCGGUGCCAUCGCCGCUGACAGCGCUGCAGGGACGAGUAGCGCCACUGCUGCCGCUAGCAACGGCGCGGCGGGUCCAAGCGGCUCGGGCGCAGCGGGCGCGCCUGUGUGCGGCGCGCUGGUGCCUAGCCCGGCCUUCAUCAACGCGAUCACAAGGGCGAUCAAGAUGCACCGGGGGCAGGUCCGCGUGGUGUGGGAGGCGCUGUUGUGGAGCCAGCCGGGGGCGCUGCAGCGGCCGCGUGUGCGGGCCGCGGUGGAGGACCUGGUCAGCCGCCGCCUGGAGUCCCAACACUUCUCCUCAGUCGGCCGCGCAGCCGCCGCCAAGCGCAUCGUGGAGUGCCCCACCGUGCGCAGGGACGGCACGGUGCAGCCGGCGGCAACCUCGGCGGCGGAGGACGGCGACGGCGGCGGCGAGCUGCUGGUCACAAACUUCUUCAUGUACCGGCCGGCAGCCGGCGAGGCGGGGGCGGCGGCAGCAGGCGGGUCAGAUGGCGGCGCGGCGGACACGGGGGCGGUGGCGACCGGCCGCCUCAAUCUGACGCAGGUAACGGCGGAGGACAAGACGGCGCGCAUGGAUGAGUUGAUGGGCGAGCGGCGGCAGCAGCUGUCCGCCCUGGCCGCCAUCCUCAACAAGGGGGCGGCGGGCCCCACGGCUGUCAAGCCCAAGCCGACCCAGGUCCGGGCAUUGCCGGCCAUGCUGGCGGGUGAGGGCGGCGUCACCACGGUGGGUUUCGGCGCGCCCGCAGCGGCGGGUGGCAGCGCGGCAGCGGCGGCGCCGCCACUGGCGGGUGAGCGGAAGCGCAAGGGCCCGGCGGACAUGGAGGCAAUGAUGAAGGCCCUGGAGGGUCGCAUGUGAUUGAACUGCACCGGUGCAGUGACUGCGCGGAUUGUGAUACUACUGGUAUGAUGAAUGGGCAGUCUGGAUGUGGGGGGAUUCUGAGUGAGUGAUGAGUGGAUAUGGGAGGCAGUGUGCAAGGGCUGGGAUGGCUGAGGUGGCGACAGGGAUGCGGAACAUACGACCACGCAUGAAGAGAUUUACUCGGCGCACAUAAACCCAUUCAUAACGUGCAAUGCAAUGCGCUGGCCCUCCGUCGCCCUGCUCCUGUAAGACACAGCGUGUGACGCACAUGUACGGCCUAUGUGGAUGAAUGUGUACGAGAGGCCAACAGCAAAUGGUUUGAAAGAAUGGUUUGAAGGCGGACAAGUGGUUUGUAGCCGGGUGGGCUGCGGGCACUGCGUGCGGGUUUUGACCUGCCGCAGCGUGCGAUCUGGCUGCCUUCCUGCCGCACAAACAGCGGCUUCGCUAUACCAGUGGCGUAUUGUCGCCUACAACUAAGGAAGUAUGUCAUCGCGCUCUCGUUUUACACCUGCCGACUUCUGCUGCUUCCAGAAACCAUGUGCCAUACCUGUCACGAUCAUCGUUGCUAAAAUAAAU